AUGAGUGGAUUCUGGCGUGAAAGUGACGUGUCAGACGAGUCGGACGACGAUACUCCCGUCACCGGGUAUCACCCGGAGAAAGAUUGCGUUUCGGAGCGAGCAACCGGCACGAUUGAACCUAAACCUCAGCUUAAGGCGAAACCACGUGGUGGAGACAAAAGGAGCAGAAAGACGAAGGCGGAGUGGUUGUCAGGGUCGUGGCCGCUGCGCCAGUUCGACGAAUCGUUGCCCACUAACAAGCAAGAUUCCGGGAUGGAGCGAAAUUCAGCGUUCAAUAUUACCGACGCGUAUAGGGGCCGGUCAGCGGAAAACGCGGAACGCAAUUGGAAGCGCCGACAAAACGAGAGUGAGGUAGAGAAGAGCAUAAGGCGGGCCCAAAGCGCCGCCCGGGAACGGGUGCGAAGGGCAAUUGAAACGCCGGAACAGCGUGCACUACGGCUGGCAAAUAACGAGGCACAUAGAAACACCAGAUCAGCGAAGCAUGCGGAACGGAUGCGUAUAGCACGAGCUAAGGAAACUCCGGAACAGCGUGCGAUUCGGUUGGCCAAAAAUGCCGCACGUACUCGACGGCAACGAGCCGCAGCAGCUGCCCUCGGAGCCAAUGGGGCACCAUCCGCAACUAGCACAACGUCGAACUCCCAGAAUCCGGACCGAUUCAAAUUGUCCGAGUAA